UGUGAAGAACAUAGAUAUCAGCCAAAACUCAACCUUCACAUCAAACUUUUGCGGAUUCAUGAACCUUGAGUUUAAUUACUUGCCGCUUUGCCUAUAAAUAUCAGCCAUCAUGUCGCGCCCUCCAUCGCCUUUUGCCGAGAUCAUUUUUUCGCCGUCUUAGGAAGAAGAAGAGAAGACUGAGCCCGGUUCUACCAUGGCCGAGACAAACAUCACCAACGAAGAAGCGGAUGGAUACUACGUCGGGCUUUUCAGCUGUCCCAGACUUGUCGCUAGAUCUAACACAAAUGAGCCCUGGAGCCCUGUCCAUGAUGGCUGGACGGUGCUCAAGACGCUUGAUCCAAUUGGGGAACACGCAAUUGUUUCUCUAUGGGACCAGGCGAGUAGCGAACUGCGAUCGGCUAUCAUAAAUGCACUGAAAGACAUCAACUGGACAGCGAUCGACAUCCUCAGACUCGGAUACUGUCGACGUCCUGGCACCAUUGCUGAGCCAGACGAAAUGUUCCCAAAGCUUCUCAUCUCUGUCCAGCCAAAUUCUGUUGAUAGACUGUUGGGAUCCAAGGUUACACUGGACUGCCGAAAGAUUCUUCAGGGUUACGGUAUUAACGAUAUGGAAGUCGAAAUAAUGGAAGCUUAUGUUUCCAUGUUCAACUCUCCUAAGUUGACGUCCCAGCCCAUCACAGACGAUGUCCAAAUGGACGCACAGCUUUCUGAGUUUGUUGGAGCUUGCAUUGCGAAUAAGGCGACUCCUUUUCGCGAAGGCACCAAAGGGUUCUAUGUUCGCAUUAAGGACACAGACAAACUUCUUUUUGUCACCUGCCGCCAUGUGCUAUUCAACGACAGCUUUCCGAAUGUCGAUUACGACCAUAACGGCAAUGCUCCAAACAUGGUCAUUCAGCCGGGACAAGAAACCUACGAAUAUUUUGUUCGUCAACUCUCAGACUACACUGCCAUGCUUCAGAACCUUGGAGAUAAAGCUACGCCAGCUCAGAGGGAGGAGCUGGAUAGGGCCAAAGAAAUGAAGGAAAAAUUUGGAAAGCUUCACGACAGGAAAUCACGUAUCAUUGGACAUGUCUUGUACUCUCCCAAGUACAGUCUUGUUACUUCAAAGACAGGCGCCGAUCGUCUAAGGGAUUGGGCCUUAGUUGAACUACACCAAGAUAAGCAUGAGACUGUCUUCAGCGAAAUGAGAAACAUGGUCGUGGCAGGUCCCCGCGCAGAUAGAGAACUGUGGAGAGUCCUCUAUGAUGAACUUGGCGAUGAAGACCGAAGACGCGUUGAGAAACAGCUUCCAUUCCAUCACACAAACACCUACGAUCUCACUAGAACUGUACAGGAGUUUGAAAUAAGAUUUCCGAACGAAGCUUCCCGAAGUCUGGAGAAUCAGCGCGCUAUGGUAGUGGCAAAGUUUGGUCGAAGUACAAGCCUCACCUUCGGUGUUGCGAACGAGGUUAAGUCAGUAUGUCGAAUGCCAGUACUAGGAAAAGAGUUUAUCUCUGAAGAGUGGUGUAUUCUUGGGCAUAAGAAGAGAGGACAACGCCGUCAACCCUUCUCUGAGGAUGGAGAUUCUGGAUCGUGUAUCCUGGACAUGUACGGUCGGGUUGGUGGAAUGUUGACAGGUGGAAAACCAGCACAAAAGGACGACUCGGACAUUUCCUAUGCUACUCCGAUUGACUGGUUACUGAAGGACAUCAAGCAGGAGAGUGGGCUUAAUGUUAAGCUGGCAUAAUGGAUGUAUAUGUGAUUAUUUGGUUUGGGAAGGAGUGAUACCUAGGACCCGCUCUGCUGGAGCGCGGGCGGCUGGGAAGGAUUGUGUUGCUGCUGGUUGGUGGUACCUGCCAUGAACAAUAUGAAGUGGCUUAGUAUUGUUCUUCAGCGCCCACCUCCAGAAUGGGAACAUGAAGAAUACCUAAGGUAGCCACAACUCCAAUACCAACAUGCUCAUAAUUGAAGCUGUGAUAUAUGAUUGAUAUCUUGAAGUUGAUGUCGUAAUAUGAUAUCCAAAUUCGAUACAAAAACAGCCAGUUCCCUCCGAUAGUUGCGCAUCUCAGCAAGCUCAACCUCAACUUGACGAGCAGACCUG